UCUCGCGAGGUGUUAUGGAGGUUUCUUCCCAAGUCAUUUGACGAAUUCGCUCGAAGCGCUCGACAGCCUCCCAACUCUGAAUCCAUGGCUGCAAGUUCCAGCGCACGAGAUCUCCUACACACUCAGACAAACCAGGAUCUUCCACCACUCACCACCGUCACUCCCGAACCAAAUCCUGACCAGUCUUCCGAUGUGGGCGUUGCGAACAUAAAUUUGACUAUUACAUGCGAGCAACCUGACCCGAAGGUUGUCAAGGCAAAGCUCGCGAACGCUAAAGCAGAUCUUGACGGAAUCAGACAUGUCUCAGGAAUGGCAGAAAAUGCUGCUUCAACAUCCGACAACCUACAAUCUGUUUCUGAUACAAUCGACAUAUUCGCCCCAAUGCUCGCACCAUUAAAAAAGUUUAACUCCAUUGCUACAGGGCUUGCAGAAGUCCAUCCCUACGCGAAGGUGGCGUUGAGCAUCUUCACCUUCGCAUCCAAGAUAAUUAUCGAUCAGGCGAACCGGGAUGAUGCCGUGUCCCGUCUGCUCUUGAAGAUAUCGGACGUCUAAUGCUUUAUUAACGGCCCACGAAGGAGCGGCUAGGAUUGCAUCCAUGCUAGAGUUAUAUGGAAAGAUUGCGCGACAGACGCUGGAGUGUGCCGACUUUGUCGUCUAUUACUCAGAUAUGAAGAGUUUUGCUUGGCAAGCACAUCCUCAA